UUCACUCAUACUACUUCUACUUGUUGCGCUGUCACAUGAUACAUCUAUUAGCAUAAACAGAUCAAUCCUUGAGCUGGUGAAUUCCCUCUCGAGUUGAUAAACGCCUUUUGAGACGUCGAAACGUUUCCAAAGAGAAUAUCAUAAAGAGGCAUCAGCAAUGCGACCUGGAUUAGAAGGCGUCGAGCUCUUGGCGGCUCUUGUGGACCAUGACGGCGACGACGAUGAAUACCGAUUUUUGGUCGACCGAAAGUAUGUCAAGUACGUGACUAUUGAAGCAGGCGCUCUUCCUGCUGAGAUCGAUCGUUCUUUCGGACCUGAUUUGCUUCGAGUAGUGCCCGAGUUCCCGCCCGGCGAUUGGAACAAGGGCCGUAUAUCGAAGGGAGACCGCGUUGGGGAACCGGUAUUCUCAUCUAUAUCGACGGAAAAACUCCCCGCAGUCGAAUCUGUCUGGCAUCCGAUCCUCAUUGACUACCUGGAGCUCAAGAUGGUGGCCCGCCUCCGCCAGAACAUCCGCAAAGUCAGCCAUGUUUUGUUCCGAGAGCCUGUCAUUUUCAAGCUCGCCAAUUUUCCUUGGGAAAUCCCUUUCAUGGAGGCAGAGACUAAGGCCUACGCAUGGAUUCAAGAUGAGGACAUUGGACCGCGUUUCUUAGGACAUGUCUCAGAAGGCGGGAGGGUUGUCGGAUUUCUGAUGGAGGAUUUAGACGAAGCCACCCCGGCAACACUUGAUGAUUUAGAGGCGUGCAGUGUAGCGCUUGCUCGGCUUCAUGAUCUCGGCAUCCAACAUGGAGAUGUCAACAGGAACAAUUUUCUAGUGCGAAGACCCGAGGGCAAGGUGACGAUAAUUGACUUCGAGGUGGCGAGAAAAUGUGAUGAGCAGGAGCAGUUGCAAGCUGAGAGUGCGAGUUUAGAGGAAAGCUUCAGAGACCCGUCCAAUCGAGGUGGUGUCUGUGUUAUAUCCGCGAGUUAGAGCCGAGAACUUACAUGUAUUUAGCCAGAGGGGCUUACCUAUCGGACAGUGCAUCUGCAACUUGCUCAUAGC